AUGGCGGCGAACAAAAUCCUCAUCUGCGCGGGAGUGGUGACGUUAUUGCAGGCUGUUGGGCAGAUAGUUUUCUGCACCCUCGGCCUGGCUCAGUACUACUGCGUGGUCGAUUUUCUGCGGGAGCUGCCGAUGUUGUUAUACAUCAGAAUCAUGUAUUUCCACAAUCCUGUGCCGUGUGGAGCGCGCAUCAACAUCGGCUCCGCAAUCGAGGGCAUCGUGGACCAGGCCUUUGUGUUGAUCAACAACGAGCCGCUCACUGCCUACCGCACCUUCAUCAUCAACUGCACCAACCUAGGUAUUGCUGGGCUUUGGAUACCUGCGAGCAUCCUUUUAAUAAUGGGUGGCGCUAAGAACUCCGCUUCAAAACACGUCCGGUGGCCAUGGGUGAUGGUGACGGUGAUGGCCAGCGGAGUCGACCUGGUGGCGGCCGUCAUUUACACCAACGACUCGUUCUACACUAGGAGUUUGUCCGACAUCAUGGAAUUCAUCGGCGGGGUCGCGAGCGGUAUCGCCAACGCCAAUCUGGACACCACAUGGGUUUCCUGGAUCAUGGUCAUCGUCUACGCGAGGUUCAUUGUGUUCUUCUUCUUCAACGUGAUCCUCGUCGUCAUGGUGAUUGUGGACUGCAACGCCCCUAUACUACCGAUCACUACUGGGACACAAGUGGAGGCGCCGAUAGGCAUGCGUGAUGUGAGCACGAGCGACAAGGACGUGGAAGAGAGCAGUACGUUCAGCGAGCCGCGAAUGUUCGCGCGCCUCCCGCGGCCGGGACUCAGCCGCUCGUUUCGGCGCAUGAAGGCGUACCUCUUCAGGAAGCCGUCGCCCACGCCAGUGCCGCCGUCCACGUCCAACCCCGAAUCGUAUAACCCAUCGCCUAACAGAUCGCCGAGAGCUCACCAUGUGGACAUAGAGAAGAAGCGAACUGUGAAUUUUCCCGAAAACCUAUUAUCGCUGCCGCAGCGCUUAGAGAACCUGAUCGCAGAGCAGCAGCGGCGCCUGGACAGCGCCGUCAUCGACACCGCCGGCCGGAACAGCCCCCCGCGCGCCUCGCAGUCCCUUCCACAGUUGCCCUCCACGACCGAGGAGGAGCCUCAAGGGAUCUCGAGCCGGCGCGGCACAGCAGCCGAGCUGCAGGGCCAGCUGCCGUGGGCAUACAUCCCGGCGGCGCGGCGCAUGCGCGACCAGCUGCCGCCCGACGAGGAGCUGCCGCCCGUGCCGCUGCCCGACUACACCGCCAUCCAGCCCUUCAGGAAGGCCUCCGUCCACCGGGCAGCGUCCAGCCUCAGCUCGCUAGCGUACAAGCGAGACGCGCUGGGGCAGUCACGGCCGACGAUAACACAGUCAGACGUGUUGUAUUAAACGGAUCAGCGAAUAGGAAACGAGAAGAUGCCUGAAGACGAGCGAUUUGAGUAUUAAGUGAUUAAGUUUAUGAAGUAGUUUCAUUGCAAUAGGGAAUACCUAUCUACAUAUGUAUGUGUUCAAAAUGAUUCAAUUAUAGAUUUUGUUCUGUAUUAGAUUACUUGGUGAUGAUAUAAAGAAUAUGUAAUUAUUACGAUAUCUUCUUGGUUUAUUUGACGGUUGAUUUGUAUUUUUUCAGUUUUUUCAUGCAUUCGUUUCCAUCCAAUUAAUUUAAUGUGUGUAAUGCGAGGCAAUGUGCCAAAGUAUUGUAAAUAUUUUUAUACAAAAGGUAUUAUUGUUGAUGAUUUGUGUUAGGUAUAAGUUUGUUAAAGUUAAAAGUGUUUAAGAAGGGCGAGAAAUUCGAUGUUAAAGUAUCUCUCAAUUUAUCAAAACCUUUUGAAAAUGUGAAAAGGUAGAAAAAUCAAGUUUUGAUAUUAUUAAAAUCCAAUAAUUACCUAUCACUCUGCAAAUAAACAUAAUUGUUUAUAUCAGCUUUCAGAUCUCAUUUUUGAUGAGAUACUGAUAAGCCUCGACGAUUUGCGCGACGAAUUAAUUAUUAUUUGCUCGUCCUACUUAAAUGUCAAGUUCGCAUUAUAAAUGUAAGUUUGAAUAAUAAAUUUGAUUAUAAAAGGUCUGCUGGUUUUUACAUUAACAUUAACAAAAUAUACCCAGAACGGAGAUAGGUAAACGCCAAUGCGUAGCUCCCUAGCCGUGCCGUGCUUCGAAAAACUUGUGACAAAGCUAAAAAUAUAGCUGAUCCUCAUGAAAGUAAAAACCACCUAAAAUACCUGGCCCACAUAAAUAAUAAAUAUACAAACCUCCUAAAUGUGGCUUACCGUUUUGACCAAACCAUUGCACUGUUUUUCUCCUUUAUAUUACUGAAUCAACAAAUUUGAGAACUAUUGCAAUAAAAAUAUGCUUACU